GAUAUUUGAUUCGAGACGACCUAUCGAACGAUAGUCCGCCGUGCGCGCGCAUUCCUGUGAUUUUUCGAACAAGCGCAAGUCUACGACGAAGGUGUCGGUAAUUCACAACAUUGGAACUCGCGUGUCAGUCCAGGUGUGCUCGUCAUUCGGUACACUGUACGUUUCGAAUUACACUCUUAAGACACAUGAGAACGUACACUAUUGUGAUUACAGAACAAUUCAUAUGUCGAGAAAGAAAUUACGUGCUCCGUUGAAAUGAGCGAGUCCGUGAGAGUGGCCGUGAGAUGUCGGCCGAUGAACGCUCGGGAACUGCAGCAGGGAUGCAGGAAUGUAGUGACGAUCGACGGCCUGACAAAAUGCUGCACACUGGAGUGUCCAGCGGGCGGGACCGGGAAUGGCAAGGUGUACCAGUUCGACGCAACCUUUGGCCCAGAGGCCAGCACCGAGACGGUGUACGAGAACGUUGGGUCAGUGAUCGUGGAGGCGGUUCUGGACGGUUACAAUGGUACAGUGUUCGCCUACGGGCAAACUGGCUGCGGGAAGUCGCACACGAUGCGUGGAUUCAUCGAGCGCACCUUGGACCACCUCUUCGAAGCCACCUCGACCGCCAGCUCGGAGAUGAGGUACCUGGCGUUGCUCAGCUACCUGGAGAUCUACAACGAACGGUUACGAGACCUGUUGCAAGACGGUAUGAGCGACCUUCUGACCCUGAAGGAGGAUCCAAAUCGCGGGACGUACGUGGCUGGUGGUUUGAGGGAGGUCACCGUCAAAGAUGCAGCUGAGUGCGCCCGUUUGGUCGAACAGGGCGACAAGAGACGAGCUGCUGCGGCUACCAAGAUGAACGCAGCCAGCUCCAGGAGCCACGCUGUGUUGACGUUGUCGUUGGAGACGCUGGCCAUCAACGACGACAGCAAAACGGAGAACACGGUGAAGAGAGGCAGGCUUCACUUGGUGGACCUGGCUGGCUCGGAAAGACAAGCGAGGACGGGAGCCACUGGCGAUCGCCUGAAAGAAGCAGCCAGUAUUAAUUUGAGCCUCUCCGCUCUAGGGAACGUGAUCAGUGCUCUGGCCGCUGGCCACGGGCGACACGUGCCAUACAGGGAUAGUAAGCUGACGAGACUCUUAAGGGACAGUCUGGGCGGUAACGCGAGAACAUUGAUGAUCGCUUGCGUGAGCCCCAGCGACGUAGACGGUGAGGAGACUCUAAGCACCCUUAGGUACGCAGCCAGAGCCAGAUGUAUAAAGAACAAACCAGUGAUCAACGAGGAUCCAAAGGAUGCUCUGUUGAGGCAGUACCAAUUGGAGUUGCAACGUCUUCGCAAAAUGCUAGAGUCGGGUGACCAGUCGAUCAUAAAGCAAAUGCUUGGGAAGGAAGAGGACGACGACGAGCGUCCCGGACCGGGAGAAUUGGAGGAGGUCGAGAGACUGAAGAAGGAAUGCGAGAAUUCUCAUCUGUCGGCCCAGAGGCUCCGUGAGGAACUGGAGAAUCUCAAGUCCCGCUACGAGGCUGGGGUAAUCAACAACGCGGUUCCCAAACCCGUUUCCCAACAGCCAAUGGACGAACAGGACCUGGAACGCGAGGAGAGACGGAGGAAAAAACGCGAAGCCGCGAUGCAAGAAGUGUUGAAGAGGCUGGAGAAACUGACUAUCGGUGGGGAGGAGCAAGCGAACACGGAGUUGAGGAGACGCCGGGAGAAGAGGAGAAAAAAGCUAGAGGCUCUUGCUUCGGCGUUAGAGUCUAGCGCCCAAGAGGGCAACGGAAGUGUCUUCCAAGUCUACGGUCAGCUUAGGUCCACGGAAGACGCUCUGAAGCGGAUGGCGAAACGGGUGAGGCAACUGGAGGUCGAGGCGGCCGACCUCCAGGCUUCCUGGGACGCGGAACGUCGCGACCUUCUGCGCAGAGAGCUGCUGACGACUCAGAUCUGCGACGUGAUGGUCCCCCAUCUGCGACCCGGAUGUCCGUUUCGCGACGUGGCCGCUGUGCGCGCCGCGGCUACGUGGUGCGACGAGCUGGGUCGCUGGCGACUACCGGACGUCUCCUCGCCCCACAUUCCUCUUCCUCCGCCGUCGCUGGUGCCCAAGGAUAAUAAACCGUACUCCAUAGUGCCUUCCACCCCUGACCUUAACAAUAAUAGCAAUAGCAAAACCGCCGAGGACGAAGUGAGCAACGACGCAGACAACGAGGAGAGCAGCGAGGAGGCGAAGAAGCUGGACAUCGCCGACACGUACUUCCGCCGGAACAGAAUCGACAAACUUCUGGCGCACGUCAGGGAGGCUAAAACUUUUGAGCUGAAUAAUCGGAUUAGCAGGUCCGGCGGUUCCGAGGACUCGAUUCCGGCCGGAGGCAACUAUCUCCAACUGAACGCUCUUAAUCUACAAAGUAGCGCGCCGGUGACUGGCGAUGCGGAUGCCUACAAACCUACCCAACGUCUGCCAACUGGACGUUUCACUCGACCGGGUUGGAUGGCGGAGGAGAACUCGCUGAACAAAUGUCCCUUCCUCAACAUGGCGAAGAAGAACCCCCCGCGGAUAUUGGAGGCGUUGCCCUCCUACCCACAGGGUACAAACGGGACCAUUAAGUUUGGGAAUAAGGCUGUGUCGGAGAGGAUAUCCGAGAAGCUAUCGACGAGGCUGAUCCAGAACGAAGCUGUCGAGAGUCGACCCACGUUGGUCGGGCAUGCACGUUCCCCCACGUAUUGAAGGAUACAACUACGAUGGAACCUUGAAGCUAUGGAUCAGGGAGACGUCGAUGGACGUUCACGAGGUACCUUCGAUUGAAUAAUAAAAAUAUCAGAUCGCGUUAGG